CCGACACCAAACCCGAGCUCUACCUCACCUCACAGGCCCGGUGUCGCCAAGAUGUGGAGCGCACUGUCCCUGAUCAUAAACCUGUCCAUUUUACAUUUCACCUACAGUGAAAACCAAAUCACCGGAAUACUUGAGCCACAUGAUCUGCUUUUUGACAAUGCAGUAGAGGCGUAUUAUAAACAGGACUGGCUGGCUGUGAUUCUGAACAUGGAGAAAGCUUUGCGGAAUAAAGGAACGGUGCGUAAAGUCCAGACGCAGUGCCGCUUAUCCUGCGCGGAUCGGGACGCUUUCGGUGAUCCUUUUCCAGGUCUCGGUGUCCCGAUCCCUGGAGCCGGUCCCGUGGAGGAUUUAGCGUUUUUCCAGAGGAUUCUCAAACGGGCCGAAUGUGUGCAUGCAUGUGAAAGCGAGAAACUGGGACCACCGACACUUCAUAAAGUUAGCGAGACUGUAGACCUGGAGUUUAAGAAGCGGACGCCUUAUAAUUACCUGCAAGUGGCAUAUUUUAAGAUAAACAAGCUUGACAAGGCCGUGGCAGCGGCAAAUACAUUUUAUAUUGCAAACCCCGACCAUGUAGAGAUGAAACAGAAUUUAGAGUACUACAGUCUGAUGGCUGGGGUGCAGCAGGCUGAUUUCAAGGAUUUAGAGGAGAAACCACACAUGACUGAAUUUAUAGAAGGCAAGAUGCAUUACAGUAUGGAGAAGUUCGCACCAGCCAUUGAGCACUUUGAGGCGGCCGUCGAAGAAUAUUUCACUGCUUAUGAGGAGUGCAGGGUUCUCUGUGAGGGAGCGUUUGGCUACGACAAUUACAUGGAGUAUAACGCCGACCUCUUUCAGGCUAUGACAGAUCAUUAUCUUCAUGCUCUGAACUGUAAACAGAACUGUGCUGUAGAUUUGGCUUCAAACGUUGGAAUAGAGAAACCUUUCGAAGAUUUUCUCCCAUCGCACUUUAACUACCUUCAGUUCUCCUACUAUAACAGUGAAAAAUAUGAACAAGCUAUUGAAUGUGCCAAAACAUACCUGCUGUUUCACCCUGAGGAUGAGGUGAUGGUGCAGAACUUGGCGUACUAUUCUGCUUUGCUGGGAGAAGAUAAAGCUGCAAACAUCUCAGCCAGAGAGAUUGUUAAGCAGUAUAUCAGCAGGUCUGUGUUGGAAAAAGAGCUUCUUUAUUUCGGCUAUGAAAUAUUUGGUAAAACCUUUGUUGAUCCGGACACGUGGACUCCAGAAAACAUCAUGCCUAAGAAACUAAGAGACAAACAAAAGGCAGAUAAAGAAACCGCCGCGAGGAUUACAGAAGAGAUCGGAAAUCUGAUGAAAGAGAUCGAGACGCUUGUGGAGGAGAAGAGUAAAGAAGCAUUCGACAUUGGAAGGACGGUGAUAGACGAAAUCAAAGCAGCACCUACAUCAGGUGGCAACAGUCUCCCGUUUGAUGACAUCACAAUAUCCAUGACAUCCACAGCCCUGAACGGUUCACAGCGAGUCGUUCUGGAUGGUGUAACCACGUACGAUGAGUGUCAGGAGCUUCACAGCCUCUCCAAAACGGCAGCUCUUCAAGGGGAUGAAUAUAAAGCGAAACCUUCGCCUCUUUCUCAGAAUGAAAUGUUCCAGGAACUCACAGUUCUUAAAGCUCUGCAGUUUGGACGGGAGGGUUUGGUUCCUCUAAAGAGUGCUCAGGGUUUCUUUAACCUCACUGAGAAGACGAAGAUUCUGGAGUCUCACUUCGGUCUGCAAUCCCCUCUUUAUUUCUUCAGUUCAAAUCUGGUGUGCCGGUCCAUAGUUGAAGGGAAACAAGAAGGCCAUGAGAACGGCUGUCUGCUUGUUUCAGAGCUCAACGAGUGCAUUAAAGACCCAUCAUCAUUCUCACAUGGUGACUACAGUGCCAUUUUGUACCUGAAUCAAGAUUUUGAAGGGGGAGAUUUCUUCUUCACUGGGCCGGACGCUAAAACUGUCACUGCUGUGGUGAAACCUCAGUGUGGAAGAGUUGUGGCGUUUGGAGCCGGACAGGAGAAUCUUCAUGGCGUGACAUCACUAACUAAAGGUCAGAGGUGUGCUGUGGCCAUUGGCUUCACUCUGGAUCCUCACAACAGUGAAAAGGAACGUUUACAAGCGGAAGAGCUUCUAAAAACACUUUCAAACCCAGCAACACCCGACAUCCAAAAAACAAACGACAACAAUGAGACGAAAACCUCAGAACCACAAGUAGUAGUGACACCUACUGAUACACCAGAGCAAGACGAUAAGACAAACAAACCUGCAGAAACCAGCAAAACUACAGAUGAACAGAACACCAAAGCCGCUGAGAAAAAGACUAACAAAAAAAGUGAAAAGCCAAAGGCCAAAGCAUCCAAAAAGCCAGCCAAAACAGAAGACCAGACGAAAGCUAAAGCAGACCAAACAAAAAGCACUGGAACAGAGAAAAAGAAGUCAAAAACAGCAACCAAAACAAAACCCAAGACCACAGACAAAAAGGAGAAACCACCUGCCAAAGAGAAGGCAUCUGGGAAAAAUACUACAAAAGAUCAAAAGACGAAAUCAAAGAGCACAGAGCCUCAAAACUCCAAAGCAGAGGAAGACAAAGAUGAACUAUGAGCUUUUUAAAAAUUUAUGGUGAUGGUGAACUGUUUUUAUAAAGGUUUUAAAGACUAUUGAAAUGAAAAGCGUAACACAGGAUCAUUACCUUGUGAGUGACAAUCAAGCCGAGUGUCAAAUUUUCUCUUUUGCCUUGUUUGAAUUCUCAGGAACAGACCUAAUGCAGCUUUCAGACAUUUCAUGUGUCACUUGGCAUUUCCAUAUCAAGUCCCCAAUAAAAAUGACAUGUUAC